AUGCAAACACGUCAAGAUGAUGGAGCAAUCGCGAACAAACCACUCAGCCUUACUGCUAGCAACGCUGGGAUGCUAUUGAUAAUAUACUCCCAGUUCUUCUUCGCUUCCAUGGAUAUCUCAGUGAAGCUACUGAACGGCUUGGAGCCUCCGGUGCAUGCGCUUCAGAUUAUUGUGAUCAGGAUGAGCAUCACUUUUGUAUGUUGCGAGAUAUACAUGAUUGUUGCGGGGAUCCCUGAUCCGUUAGCUGGACCUAAAGGCGUUCGAAUGCUGCUUCUCAUUCGUAGUGUCACUGGGUUUUUCGGGUUAGCUGGCAUGUACUGGUCACUCCAGUACUUGUCUGUUGCAGAUGCGACGGUGUUGGUGUUUUUGACACCUCUCACGGCAGCAGUGGCUGGAUCCUGUAUUUUUGAAGGAGAGCUACUCCGUCAAGCAAGCUGUGGCGGGAGCCUGCUCGGUGUUGUCCUCAUAGGCAGACCCGCAUUCCUAUUUGGCCCCCUGAAUGGUAUUCCUCGAGGACUCCCAGACGUGGCCUCUGCGCAAAGGCUGGCGGGUGUUGGGGCGUGUAUGGUUAGCGUGCUUGGAAAUACUGGAGCAUAUACCUUGAUUCGUGCAAUUGGGAAACGUGCUCACCCGAUGCAUAUAAUGACAUACUUUUCAUUAUGGUGCACAAUUAUAUCAUCUUUGGGGAUGGUUGUCUUCGAUAUUCCCGUUGUAUAUCCUACAUCAUGGAUGUGGAUGCUUCUUCUGUUCAUGGUUGGUGUCUUCGGCUUUGCAGCGCAGACUCUUUUGACGAUGGGACUACAGCGAGAAACUGUGUCACGUGGUAUCACUGGAAUGUAUGCUCAGUUGGUUUUUGCUGUGAUGCUCGAACGCCUGUUAUUCGGAGUCAUACCGUCUUUACUGUCAGUUUUUGGCGCCGCUGUCAUCAUGUCCUCUUCUCUCUAUGUCGUUGUGAGUGGUCGCUAUGCUUGUUGCCAAAUUUCUGUGCUAAUGUAG